AUGAAGUGCUGUAUUGCGAAUUGCGAUAACCGGCAUCCUGCAAAGCAUGUGGGUUUUUUCCGCUUUCCGCGUGACCCACAGUUGCGUCAGCUGUGGGUACAACGGCUCGGGAUGUCGGAGAGCGAUAUCAAAGCAAACACGCGGGUUUGUAGUUGCCAUUUCAAUGUCGAAGACCUUUAUCGUGUAACGGAAGAAGGCAAAGUGCUACAUUUGUCGACAGCAGUGCCAAAACAUAUCAAGCUAGAGACCCCUGUUGCGCUUUCAACUGAUACGAUUGAGUCCAUCAAUAUUACAUCUGAAACAAAGAGCCCUGAAUGCACCGCGGUUCGCCAUUCCGAGAAAAGUCACCACACUCUUGUGUGUAAACAGACGAAAGAUCGAUACAGUCAACUUCUACAGGAAGCGAAUCUGGAAAAUAAGCAUCUUCGAGAAACUAUUGCGCAACAACGUAUGCAGAUUGAAAAACUACAGGCUGCGCCAAGUACUGCCAUGGACGUACUCAAUAGCACCUUCAAUACUGACCAAGUAGAAGUUCUGCUCGGUAAGACAGAGAAAGUCCAUAAGUGGAGCGACGACACAAUUACUGAAGGACUAAGAACAAAAUUCAGACGUGGACAGCGAGGAUACGAGCAUGAACGGCAGAAAUAUCCUCUGCCCUCGCAGCGCACACUCCAACGCCGAAUGGAGAUGUUGCAAUUUAAACCCGGAGUGAUCGACGACAUUUUCGAGCUGUUAAAAACGAAGUUGGCAUCUAUGCCAGAGCUAGAUCGAGAGGCUGGAAUUAUCUUUGACGAGAUGUCUUUAGUCGAAGAUAAAAGAUUUAAUGGCAGCAGUCACUACGUUGGAAAGGUUACCCUUCCGCCAGGACCCGAAAAUGCUAGUCAAGCAAUGGUUUUCGUGUUAGCAGGAGUGCGAACACGCUGGAAGCAAGUGGUUGCAUACCACUUCACCGGAAAAAGUACGCAACCUAAAGAAAUCAAAGCUGUUUUGGACGAGAUUAUACUAAAAUCCGAACAGGCCGGUGCAAAAAUAAGAUUUAUGACUUGUGACUGCUGUCCCACCAAUGUAUCGGUAUGGUCAUUGUUUGGAAUUAUUUCGAAAAUGAAGACCUGCAGAGAUACUAAACCGGUGAUUCAUCCGCUGGACAACAACCGAGUCAUUGAGAUAAUUCCGGACGUCAUACACGUCUUCAAAUCAAUUGUUCGAGGCUGGGUGCACAACAAAGUUAUAACGUUGCCGGCAGCAGUGGUUACAAAAUUCAACUUAGUAUCUGCAGAAGUUAACAUCCAACAUCUGAGGGAUCUGGUCAUGUUUGAACAAACCAACAAGUUGAAAGCAGCGCAUGGUUUGCGAUUAGAAUAUUUAGAAAAAGGAUCGACGUUUGAUAGCAUGAAGGUGGAUGUCUCCAUGAAAGUCUGUAACGAUGCUGUUGCUACAGCAUUGCGGUAUUUUGCAGUUCAUGCCAACCGUCAUGAUGUGCUUCCAACUGCAUUCUUCGUAGAGGUCGUUGCCAAAUGGUUUGCCGCUAUGAAGAAUCGCCUACCAAAGGCGGCGCUCAGCGUAGGCAAUAUGCAGAGCUACCAAAAGAACAUCUCUUUCCUUGAAUUCUUUUGCGAAUUUGUCUUCAAGCUUAAAACUGGCUAUGACCAGUGCUACAAGCCCUGGCAGUCUUCAUCAAUUAUAGCAACCAAUGCCAUUUUACGAUUACAUAAAGUUCUACUAGAAAAAGGAUUCGAUUAUGUCCUGACAGGAAGGUUCACCCAGGACUGUGUUGAGAAUUUAUUCUCACAAGUCCGAUCGAAGCAAAAGAAACCAACAGCUCUUCAAUUCCAGAGCAUUCUUAAACAAUUGUGCGUUGCACAGUACAUGGCGGCGAUUCCAAACACAUCCUACGAGUUCGAUGGUGGCGAAUUCAUUGUAGGCAUCAAGGAGAUUCAGGAGGCUCGUGCGAAAAAGGUGGCUGAAAACGUGAAAAAGGACUCGGAGGACGAGUUAAAGCUAGCUGCAUCUAAAGUGGCUACAAUGUCACAUAGCGCUGCAGAUGCUUUGCUAGAUGAUACCGAGAAAAAUGUGCUUUAUUACGUGGGUGGCCAUCUAGCAAGAAAAAUUGCCAAGACGGCAGCAGUAUGUCCAAAAUGUUUAGAAAGCUUGUUGGCCACGACGACACCAUUUAAUAAAUAUAGUUGGUUAACCAAGAACAUGGGAGCCCAAGAUGCAACGGAAACGGAAAUACGACAGCAAGUCAAUGGCAUUGUAAUUCCGCUUGCGAAAAUCUUUAUUCGCAAAUGGUACCAUGACAUUGAAUGA